UUGAUUUGAUGGCGUAAAUUUACUGUAUUAAUAAUCUUGUAACUGUUUGCUAAAAUGGAACAAAAAGUUCCUAAAAAGAAGGGUGUUCAAGCGAGCCCUUGCCCAAGAUUAUGCCAGCUGGUGCCUACCAACGUUCCAGAACCUAAAAAAGCACAAUCCGUCCUCCACCCUAGGAAAGACGUAUUUGUUUUAAGGGUGGCAAAAGUAGGUGUGAACGGAGAAAGACGCUGUAAAAUGGAGCUGGAGCUGGUGACACCCAAGGGUCCAGAAAGGAAGGUCCCGGUGCGCAUCGAUACGAAGGGUACACAGUGUCUGUCGCCCUGUUGCCCGUCUUGCUGUCAAAGAAUUAAAUGCUAAAUACUCUUGGAGA